GGUAAAGAGAUUGUUAACCUGUUAUGGAUAUAAAUCGGAUUGUAGGUUUUUAUUUCUAUUUGGGUUUGCAGUACCAAGAGAUUCUCGAAGUUCUUAGCCAUCAGCAUGGCAUAAUAAUGUGUCUUAGAACCCUCCAAACCAUACUGAGGAAGAAUAGGCUUUGCCGUAGGAAGGACUUUACUGACGUGUUAGAUGUUGCUUACUUUCUAAAUCAACAGCUUGAAACAUCUGGUCAGAUGGUUGGCUAUAGGAUGAUGCACCUGAAGUGCAUUCAAGAGGGACUUGUUGUGAAAAGGGAAACGGUCAGAUUGCUCUUAAGUGUUUUAGAUCCAGUUGGAGUGGCACACAGGCGAGCGCGAAAACUGCAAAGGAGGAGAUACCACAACCCAGGGCCAAAUUUCAUGUGGCAUCUCGAUUCCUAUGAUAAAUUAAAACCAUAUGGCCUCUGCAUAAAUGGAUGUGUCGACGGGUUUUCACGGCAUCUGAUGUGGUUGAAAGUCUCUUUUACAAAUAGCGACCCAAAGGUGAUUGCAUCGUACUACAUUGAAACCGUGAAAGAAAGGCGAGGAUGCCCUCAAAGGAUCCGUGCUGAUCGUGGAACAGAGAACGUCGCUGUUGAACAGAUGCAGAUGUUCCUUCGACGUGCUGCUACAGAUGACUUCGCCUACCACCGCAGUUUCAUAUACGGUUCGAGUAAUCACAACCAAAGGAUUGAAAGCAUGUGGAGUAUACUGCGCAGGGAAAAUGUCCAGUUUUGGAUGAAUUUUUUUCAAAUUCUAAAAGAAGAAGGCCACUUUACUGGGGAUUUCCUUGAUCGAUCACUUGUGCAGUUUUGCUUCAUGACGAUUCUGCAGGGGGAGCUCGACGAUUUUGCUCAGAUGUGGAAUGCACACUGCAUCCGAACACAACGUAAUAUUACUGCGCCGCAUGGACGACCUGCCGUAAUGUAUAUGGCUCCUCAUCUUUACGGGUCAGUAGAUCAUAUCUUUCGGUGUGACCCAGCUGAUGUUCAAAACUGCCAAGAGGAGUGUGUUACACCGACGCAUCCCUGUGACGACACAGUUUUUGAACUUUGUUGUCUUAUAAUGGAUGAACUUCAUCUCAGUGCCCCAGAGGAUGCAGAGAGUGCCAGAACCCUGUACAUUAGGCUUAGGCAAGAGAUACUACGUGUGUUGUGA